GCCAAAAACAGCUCCAUUACACGUGAAAUCCUGUUCUUUCUGUCUUAUAAAAAUCCACCCACCUUUCCCCUUCCCAACUCCAUCACUGCAACAACAACUCAUCGUUCGUUCUCCUGUGGCGGAGGAGAGAGAGAGAAAACAGAGAGAGAGAGAGAGGAGAGAGAAAGAAAGAGAGCGAGAAAGUGCUGCUGUAUGUCAAUUGUGGAGUACUUUGCUGACGAUAAUUACUACUAUCACUACAGUGGGAUCUCUAAUCCUCUUCAAUGGCCUCAACUUCGCAAAAAACGCCGUCUUCUUCUUCUUCCUGUUGCGAUUCCGGCAACAUCACCAAUUCUCCGGCGUCUUCUGUCGCCGAUCAAUCGCCGGCGAUCGUCGAUAAGGUUUCCGGUGAGAGACCGCCGAAUUUGAUUCGUCCUGUCGAAUCGCUUCCGGAAAACCCUAACGUUAAUGCUGCUGCCAAAGCUAAAGUGAUCCAGAUGCCAUUGAAGGCUCGAACAAGCCACCCAUUAGAUCCAUUGUCUGCUACUGAAAUCAAAGUGGCAGUUGCUACUGUCAGGGCUGCUGGAGCAACCCCUGAGGAGAGAGAUGGCAUGCGGUUUAUUGAAGUGGUUUUGGUGGAGCCAGAGAAGCAUGUAAUUGCUAUGGCAGAUGCAUAUUUUUUUCCUCCUUUUCAGCCCUCUCUGCUAACCAGGACGAGAGGCAGACAUGUAAUACCAUCAAAGCUUCCUCCACGACAGGCAAGACUCAUCGUCUACAGUAUAAAGUCCAAUGAGACUAGCAUAUGGGUUGUGGAACUUCUAGAAGUUCAUGCAACUACUCGAGGAGGCCACCAUAGGGGCAAAGUCAUUUCAUCCAAAGUUGUUCCUGAUGUUCAGCCUCCCAUGGAUGCUGUAGAAUAUGCUGAAUGUGAAGCAGUUGUAAAAGAUUAUCCUCCUUUUCGUGAGGCUAUGAAAAAGAGGGGUAUUGAGGAUAUGGAUCUUGUUAUGGUUGAUGCAUGGUGUGUUGGUUAUCACAGCGAGGCUGAUGCCCCAAGGCGUAGACUUGCUAAGCCACUCAUUUUCUGCCGAACUGAGAGUGAUUGCCCGAUGGAGAAUGGAUAUGCUCGUCCAGUAGAAGGAAUAUAUGUCCUCGUGGAUAUGCAAAAUAUGGUAGUGGUUGAGUUUGAAGACAGGAAACUUGUUCCUCUGCCACCUGCUGAUCCUUUAAGAAAUUACACUCCUGGUGAAACAAGAGGAGGUGUUGAUCGAAGUGAUGUAAAGCCAUUACUUAUUCUUCAGCCUGAAGGGCCUAGUUUUCGCGUGAAUGGCCAUUAUGUUGAAUGGCAAAAGUGGAGUUUCCGUAUUGGUUUUACUCCUCGGGAAGGCUUGGUUAUACAUUCUGUUGCAUAUGUUGAUGGAAGUAGAGGCCAUCGCUCUGUAGCUCAGAGGUUAAGCUUUGUUGAGAUGGUGGUUCCUUAUGGUGAUCCAAACGAACCACAUUACAGGAAAAAUGCAUUUGAUGCUGGUGAAGAUGGCCUAGGCAAGAAUGCACACUCUUUGAAAAAGGGUUGUGAUUGUUUGGGUUUUAUUAAAUAUUUUGAUGCCCAUUUUACAAACUUUACUGGAGGUGUUGAAACAAUUGAAAAUUGCGUCUGUUUGCACGAGGAAGAUCAUGGAAUGUUAUGGAAGCAUCAAGAUUGGCGAACAGGGUUAGCCGAGGUGAGAAGAUCUAGGAGGCUGACUGUAUCCUUUAUCUGCACAGUGGCCAAUUAUGAGUAUGGAUUCUACUGGCACUUUUACCAGGAUGGCAAGAUUGAAGCUGAGGUAAAACUUACUGGGAUUCUCAGCUUAGGAGCUCUUCUGCCUGGUGAAGUUCGAAAAUAUGGUACUACAAUUGCUCCUGGGUUGUAUGCACCAGUACACCAACACUUCUUUGUUGCUCGUAUGGACAUGGCUGUUGAUUGCAAGCCCGGUGAAGCUCUAAAUCAGAUCGUUGAGUUGAAUGUCAAGGUAGAGGAACCUGGGAAGGACAAUGUUCACAAUAAUGCAUUCUAUGCUGAGGAGAAACUGCUUAAAUCUGAGCUACAAGCAAUGCGCGAUUGUAAUCCUUUGACUGCCCGCCAUUGGAUUGUGAGGAAUACACGAACUGUUAACCGUACUGGGCAACUAACUGGUUACAAAUUAGUACCAGGGUCAAACUGUUUGCCAUUAGCAGGUCCUGAGGCAAAAUUUCUGAGAAGGGCUGCCUUUUUGAAGCAUAACUUGUGGGUUACAUCUUAUGCUCAGAAUGAGAUGUAUCCUGGUGGAGAGUUCCCAAAUCAAAAUCCACGUAGUGGGGAAGGGUUGGCCACUUGGGUUAAGAAGGAUCGCUCCUUGGAAGAGGCUGAUAUAGUUCUUUGGUACGUAUUUGGGUUGACACAUAUACCGCGUCUUGAGGACUGGCCAGUCAUGCCAGUGGAACAUCUGGGGUUUAUGCUCAUGCCCCAUGGAUUUUUCAACUGUUCACCAGCGGUUGAUGUACCACCCAACACACAUGAAUCUGAUAGCAAGGAAACUAAUGGCGUGGUUGCUAAGCCUGUUCAAAAUGGGCUCAUCGCCAAACUCUGAGAAAGCUAUAAACGAGAAGUUCGUUUCGUGCGAGCUAUGGUUUGUAAUUUGCAAUCCAUGAACUUGAAAAUCUCCUCAUUGCCUAAAUUGGAGUUAGUAAAUUUUAUAUUUUAACAAAUUGCUUAGAGCAUCUCUAAUGGCAAGCAACAACCCUAUGUUGUUUGUCAUGUCACAUAAUCUUUUCAAGCUACAAUAAAUUUAAGCUACAUACUACUCCAAUGGCAAGCAACAACUAGUUCUAGCUUGAAUGUGACCUACUUUGCUAA